UCCCCUCUCCUUCUCAUUUUCUAAAAAAACGUGUUCAUACAAACAAAAUGUGUAAACAAAUACUAUAUCAAUUAUUAUGAUGCGUAUUUAUAAAUACCCCAUGCUUUACCGUCCCUCCUCACACGCACUCUCAUCUCCUUCUCACUUUUUUCUUGUCUUUUCUCUUCUUUCUUCUUCAGUCUGUCUUAAAUCCAGCACACAGACAAAAGGCUGCGAAUUAAACUCAAGAUCCAGUCCAACUCAGAAUUAACUCUUUUGGAUCGACAUGGAUACUGCGUAUAAACCAAAGAACAUCCUCCUUACUGGAGCUGCUGGCUUCAUUGCUUCCCAUGUUUGCAACCGGCUUAUCCAGAACUACCCUGGCUACAAGAUUGUAGUCCUUGACAAGCUUGAUUACUGUUCAAAUUUGAAGAACCUUAAUCCUUCAAAGUCAUCCCCCAACUUUAAGUUUAUCAAGGGAGACAUAGGCAGUGCCGAUCUUGUCAACUUCAUCCUUUUGACUGAGAACAUUGAUACAAUAAUGCACUUUGCAGCCCAGACCCAUGUCGACAACUCUUUUGGUAACAGCUUUGAGUUCACCCAAAACAACAUCUACGGUACACAUGUUCUUCUGGAAGCAUGCAAAGUCACCGGUCAGAUCAAAAGAUUUAUUCAUGUAAGCACAGACGAAGUCUACGGGGAGACAGAUGAGGAUGCUGUGGUGGGAAAUCAUGAGGCUUCUCAGCUUCUUCCGACAAACCCCUACUCUGCAACUAAAGCUGGAGCGGAGAUGCUUGUUAUGGCAUAUGGGCGUUCAUAUGGAUUGCCUGUAAUAACGACCAGAGGAAACAAUGUUUAUGGCCCCAACCAGUUCCCUGAAAAGAUGAUUCCAAAAUUCAUUCUCUUGGCUAUGCAAGGGAAGCCUCUCCCGAUUCAUGGCGAUGGAUCCAAUGUCAGAAGUUAUCUCUAUUGUGAGGAUGUAGCAGAGGCAUUUGAAGUCAUUCUUCAUAGGGGUGAGGUAGGCCAUGUGUACAACAUUGGGACGAAGAAAGAGAGGAGGGUGGUUGAUGUGGCCAAGGAAAUUUGCCAGCUAUUUUCUCUGAACCCAGACACUCAUGUAAAGUUUGUAGAGAACAGGCCUUUCAAUGAUCAGAGAUAUUUCUUGGAUGACUCGAAGCUGAAAGGCUUGGGAUGGUCAGAAAGGACUUUGUGGGAGGAGGGCUUGAGGAAGACCAUGGAAUGGUAUGUCAAGAAUCCCCAAUGGUGGGGGGAUGUUUCUGGGGCACUGCUCCCGCAUCCAAGAAUGCUCAUGGUUCCUGGAAUUGAAAGGCAAUUUGAUGGUUCCGAUACUGGCGAUUCCGCUUACCCUUUGCCAGCAAGUGAUUCUAGUCACAGCAAACUGGUCGUUCCAGCUCCAAGGAACAUCCCAUCUACUGAGAAGCCAUCUCUAAAGUUUUUGAUUUAUGGUAAAACAGGGUGGAUCGGAGGCCUUCUUGGGAAGAUUUGUGAGAAGCAAGGGAUAUCGUAUGAGUAUGGACGAGGGCGUCUUCAGGAACGGUCACAGCUCAUGGCUGAUAUUCUGCGUGUCAAACCAACCCAUGUUUUCAAUGCUGCUGGAGUGACUGGCAGACCCAAUGUGGAUUGGUGUGAAUCUCAUAAACCAGAAACAAUUCGCACCAAUGUUGUUGGUACAUUAACCUUGGCUGAUGUCUGCAGAGAUCACGGCCUCGUAGUGGUGAAUUAUGCCACUGGUUGCAUUUUCGAGUAUGAUGAUGCCCAUCCACCAAGAUCAGGAAUUGGGUUCAAGGAGGAAGACACACCCAAUUUUGCAGGCUCAUUUUAUUCCAAAACCAAAGCCAUGGUUGAAGAGCUUCUGAAGGAGUAUGACAAUGUUUGCACUCUUAGAGUUCGGAUGCCAAUAUCAUCUGAUCUCAGCAAUCCACGCAACUUCAUCACAAAGAUCUCGCGCUACAAUAAGGUGGUCGACAUUCCAAACAGCAUGACCAUCUUGGACGAGCUUCUACCCAUUUCAAUUGAGAUGGCCAAGAGGAACUUGAGGGGCAUCUGGAACUUCACAAACCCGGGCGUGGUAAGUCACAAUGAGAUCCUGGAGAUGUACAAGAACUACAUUGACCCCAGUUUCAAGUGGACCAAUUUUACAGUGGAAGAACAAGCCAAGGUUAUUGUUGCAGCAAGGAGUAACAAUGAGAUGGAUGCAUCAAAGCUGAAGAAAGAGUUCCCUGAACUGCUUCCGAUUAAGGAAUCGCUGAUUAAAUACGUGUUUGAACCCAACAAGAAAACAUUUGCAGGUGGAGCAGCAAUUUAAGUGUCUCAUGAAGAAGACCUCGAUACCGAUCCUAUACAUUUAUUUAUUUAUUUAUUUUUCUUGAGGGAAAUCGCUAGGGGUUUAGUUAUUCUCAUGUUGUGAUUCCAUCAGUGUCUGUGAUAGCUUAGGUUAAUUUCAUAAGUUGGUGCUAUUGGUUCUGGCUUGGCUAUUGUGAUAUAAGAAGCUUUGGAAUUGCUUCAGAAAUAUUUGAAGGAUCUACUCUAAGUUGGGGCAUCGUAAUUUUCAGAUAUUUAAUAAAUUCAUUAUUUUUAUUUA